GGUCGCGUUCGCGUUCCGCGCAGCCUGUCUCGUCGUUCGCCUGCCCCGUGCGCUCGCUCUUCUUACCCCGCCGCCGCCGCCGCCGCUGCCGCCCGCCGAGCUCGCUCCCUUCCUUCCCUCCCCGCUCGCAGACAUGGCCGAGGCCAAGAACAGCCCCGAGUAUGCUCCGUUUUUCGCCGUCGUAGGCGCCUCGUGCGCCAUGAUCUUCAGCGCCCUGGGUGCCGCCUAUGGCACCGCCAAGAGUGGCACUGGCAUCGCAGCCAUGUCUGUCAUGCGGCCAGAGCUGAUCAUGAAGUCCAUCAUCCCUGUGGUUAUGGCUGGCAUCAUAGCCAUCUACGGCCUGGUGGUGGCCGUCCUCAUCGCCAACUCCCUGACUGAUACCAUCACCCUGUACAGGAGUUUCCUCCAGCUGGGUGCUGGCCUGAGUGUGGGGCUGAGUGGCCUGGCAGCCGGCUUUGCCAUUGGCAUUGUGGGGGACGCCGGUGUGCGGGGCACUGCCCAGCAGCCCCGACUCUUCGUAGGCAUGAUCCUGAUCCUCAUCUUCGCAGAGGUGCUGGGUCUCUACGGUCUCAUCGUGGCUCUCAUCCUCUCCACAAAGUAGCCCCUUCCUGAGCACCGCAGCCACAGAAUACGAUGUAAAGACCACCCCUCCUCAUUCCAGAACGAACAGCCUGACACACGCACGGGCAGCUGCCCCCUCCGUAGUUGGUCUUGUAAAUGCGCAGUGUCCUAGUGCCCAUCGUUUGUUGCCCCUGCCUGGCCCCUGCUGCCUUGUGCUGUGGACAUCUGGGCCCACUCAUCUCCCAUCCUGGCCCCUGACCAGUGAGGAUGCUGGCCUCUGGCUGCCCCACCCGUUGCCCUAGAGUGCUCUGUGUAUAAGGAUGAAUAGAGUUGUCAUUUUUCUCUUCACUGGAUGUUUAUUUAUAAAAAGAUUUGACCUGUUCAUGCAUUUGUGGAGCAGCCCAUCUCCCAACUAUAUAGUAAUCAUUAGUAGAGUGUUGCCUUGUGGGGCUCCUUUCUGAGAUUCCCUGGGUGGAACACCGCCUCCAGCCUUGGGCUGCCAGGCUGGAGGGCAGAGUGCUCUCCUGCCGAGCUGUGUCCAAUAAAGUUCUCGGACGUGA